UGUCAAUAUGAUUAAAGAUAGUCUUCGGAAUUCUGACUGCUGACAUCCCGCCUUAUAUUAUCAUAUAUUAUGUGAUAUAUGUAUUGUAAUUUGAAUUUGGAAAAUAAAAACAAACCAAGUUAAAACCAUGAUCAGCCUAAGACAAGCCAUAAGAUGUAUGAAAGAAAUGACUCCCAAUAUCCGGGCCAUGUCAAGUCAAAGCCUUGUAAACCUGAAAGCGGAUAAGGAUAAUGAUGAAAUUGCUAUUGUGACAAUGCAAAGACCUCCAGUAAAUAGCUUGAAUCUUGAAUUACUUCAAGCACUUAGUAAGACGAUUGAUGAGAUAGCAAAAGGUGACUUUAGAGCUAUGGUUUUGACUUCUGCGUCACCAACAGUAUUUUCAGCAGGUAUAGACAUAAUGGAGAUGUAUAAACCAGAUAUGAAGAGAGCUGAACAAUUUUGGACAACUUUACAAGAUGUUUGGCUAAAGCUAUUUGAAACGAAACUUAUAACUGCAGCAGCAGUCAAUGGACAUUCACCAGCAGGCGGGUGUUUACUGGCCAUGGCAUGUGAAUAUCGGGCUAUGGUGUCGGGUAAAUACACCAUAGGGUUGAACGAAACUGCACUAGGUAUUGUCGCUCCGAGGUGGUUUAUGGACUGUAUGUUGAAUACUAUUCCUCAGAGAGAGGCUGAAAUAGCACUGACUACAGGCAAACUGUUCACGAUAGAAGAGGCAAUGAAGGUGGGACUUAUAGACGAGGCGGCAAAAGACAAGGAUGACGCAAUAGAAAAGUGUAAAGGUUUUAUAGCAAAGUUUGACAACAUCCCGCCCUUGGCUCGAGAAGUAACAAAGAAAAAAUUUAGGGCUUCCUCAUCCCAAUGGCUCAAGAAUAACAAAAAAGCAGAUUUAGAUGAAUUCUUGACUUAUCUUAAAAACCCUCAGAUUCAACAGUCCCUAGAAAUGUACAUUCAUAUGUUGAAAGCGAGGCAGAACAAAUCAUAAUACCGCCAAUAAAUUAUUUUACUUUUGACAGUUGUCAUAACUCCUCUAUGAGAAAGAUAAAUCCCUGUGAACUUAAUUUUAAAAAUAGUUUUUUUAUUUAAUCUUAUUAUCUUAAUACAGUGAAAAUUGAGUAUGUAUUUUUCGAUCAGUGUAACGUUAUAGAUAGUGUAAAGACGCGCCCCACCAAUUUUUGGUGUAGCCGUUGUAGUGUGCGUGUGUCCCGAUAACACACAUUGACGGAAGUUGCGUACAUACUAUAAACGGUUAGGCCGAAUAGUGGGGCGCGUCCUCGUGGAUUGCACUAUCUAUAUAUGUAUCGGUAUACUUUUAUAAUUUUAAAUUGAUGAUGUUGUAUUUAUGAUAUUGUUAUAUGAUUAUGUAUAAAAAAAUAAUAAAAAAUAAGUUUUGAAAUGUA